AUGGACCCUAAGACCAGAGAUACACUUGUKCUGYAUGCUGUGGACCUYAACAUMAAAGAAAUUGAYCAUCUGCUGACAUKUUAUCCUUGCAUACCUACAUCARACGGRCAACUCCAAUAUAUCAAGAAACUUGUCCAUCCCUCUGGAARAGUGGCCUGUCUUUUUGARCCAGAUGAAGGACGUUUKCUGGGUGGAACCAAACAGGACUUCUGUUCACCCAGAAGGAUUCAACGGUUGCUGGAACUUGGAAUGGCCAGUGAUCAUCUUCCACUAGAGGACAUYRCACACAAAGCAUGCACAAUGACAAAAACCUGGAGUUUUGACAAAAACAAAGCAUAUGGGAAUGUAAAGUGCCUUCUUGAACUUAUGAAAAACCACCUGAAUGACAAAGAUUCUCCCCACUGGAAAACMUUGAGAWUGACUCSAUUUYUCCCAGCAUUUUUUCCUGGUGACAUAAAGAUGAAACAAARCACAAMRCUCCARCAACCCACAGCAAUUUUCAGUGACAGAUUCUCCUUGCUUGUUAACAUGAAUCAUCCUGUGCUGGAUAAUAUUGGACUGAAAAUACACAACACUGAUCCUGUCCUGGACCUUUUAAAAGUUCAGAACAGUCCAGAGCCAGAGACUGUCCUUCAGCAGCUGCAAAAAGCCAGUAAACAUUCACAGUCAUUGGACACAUCUAUGCUUCACAAAAUAGCAUAUGAGUGCUAUAAGUUUCUAGAUCAGUGGAUCAGUGGAUGUAAGAACUCCACUUUCAUUUCACAGCAGGCAAAUUCAUUCCCCUUCGUCYUCAUUGGCAACACAUUCGUUAAUGUCAACUGYGUUGCAGAAAAUGAGCAGUUUGAAGCCAAACCCUAUCUCCAUGUACUUCCACACACCUUCACUAGUUUCAGGAAUCUUUGGGAGACUGUUGGUGUUGGAAARAAAUUUACCGCUACUCAGUUUUUCUCUGUGCUUCAAGAACUUCACUCCCAACAUGAAAACAAAGCRCUCCCAGAAAAGGAUCUAUCUAUUUGCCUUACAAUUUUARCAAAAGGGAUAUUUGAGACAAAGRAAAAACCAACUGAAGAGUGUUUGAUACCAAAUGAACAUGGAGUUUUGCAGYCYGCCAAAGACCUGUUUUACAAUGACAGYCCAUGGAUGCCAGUUGCUUCYGGUAUCACAUUGUGUCAUCAAAAUAUYCCCCGUCCUAUGGCUAUSCACUUUGGAAUYAAAACAACCAGGCAUCACWCUCUGGAAGACUGCACAGUUGACAACUUUUYCCCAUUUUCAUUUCAUUUUGAACAGCRGGAACAAUUAACUGUUCGAAUUAARAACAUMAUUUCAGCAUAUCCAUCAAAGAAAGACAUUCUUAAAGARYUGAUCCAAAAUGCUGAUGAUGCUGRGGCAACAGAAAUUCAUUUCAUWUGGGACAAAYGUCAACAUGGCAAAGAAARRACAUUUGGKAAAAGMUGGAACAAUCUGCAGGGUCCAGCUCUCUGUGUUUUCAACAACAAAGUGUUUUCUGAUGAUGACUUGAAAGGCAUUCAGCAGCUGGGAGAAGGAGGAAAACAAAACUUACAAGGAAAGAUUGGGAAAUAUGGACUUGGUUUCAACUCUGUUUACCACCUGACUGACUGUCCCUCCAUCCUAACUGGAGAUGAAUUACUUUGCAUUUCUGAUCCCAAUCAGAAAUACAUUGAAAGUCAUCCAGACAAGCCUCGUGCAGGCAUUGGAUACAAACUAGUUGAUGGAAAGCUGCAUCCAUCAAGUUCACUCUACUACAAUGAUACAGUGUUUGAGAUCAAAAGGUUGGAAGAAGGACUGGAGGAUAAGUUCCUGUUGCUCGAGAAACUCAGUGAAUGUCAUCUGGACAAUGUGCAGCAAACUCUGGCUGAUAAUGACAUCCGUGAUAGUGUAAACAUUGAAACAAAAACUCUCAGUCCACCAGAUCCUGGGACAAACAUUCCAGAUGAAUGGCACGAUUCAUUAGAUAUGAGCUUUCUGAACAACUUUGAAGAAGGGGAAUAUGUUGGCUAUAGCACAAACAACACGUACAUUUAUGCAGUUAUUGUCAAAGAACUUCCUGGUUGCUCUGGAAGAUGUUCCUGGAAAUACAAAAUAGACAUUGGAGAGGAUGAACCAGUAGAAGUCRGUCAUCUUGACCUGUAYCAAUUCAAAAGAGACACAAAAAGUAAGACAGAUGGGAUCAACUGCAGUUCCUCUCUGGAGCUGGUUGUGAAGAAUGUGUCACCUUCAUCCCAGACCCCACAAAGUUCUCUACCAACUUCUCUUGAUGAAGCUAAAAGGGAAAUAGACAAAUGUUUGGCUGAGAUUUGGAAUCUUCCUGAAGAGGAGAGAAGGAAAGCUAUCAAGAGACUUUACCUUAGAUGGCAUCCUGAUAAAAAUCCUGACUGCCAGGACCUCGCCACAGAGGCUUGUAAAUAUUUGCAGAAUCGAAUUCAUGAGCUCAGCAAUCCGUCCAAUUCAAGGAGAUCUCCUAAUUUCAGAGACUUCUACCAGCAAUGGGACCAAGAAGCCAGGCAUCACAGAAGUGGCCGAGAAAGAUUUUUUAGAUCUAGAGCAUCCCAUUCCUACAACUUUUGGACCCAUAACACAAAUAUUCCAAGACCAAACAAAGAAGAGGCCAAACGCUGGUGUAAACAGGCUCGCUGUGAUCUUKAYGCAGCUCAUAAAGACACAAGUGGAGACAGCACAGAGUGGUGUCUAUUCAAAGUCCAUCAGGCAGUGGAAAAGGCUCUCAUUGCAGCAGAAUAUAAGCAUGAUGGUAAACACACYGCCAGCAGCUCAAUUUCAGCCACAGCAGCAAAWGUUUCCCGCUACCACCCUCAGCUGAGAGACCUUCCUCAGAUUGUAGCCGAUCUGAAGUCACUGGGAGUGGACGCCAAAAAAACUCAAUACCCCAACUGUCAUCCAUUUCCCCACAUUCCUAAUGAGCAGUUCAGGUCUGAAAAUGGAGCACGAGCAGUGAACAGAGCAUCUGAGCUACUCAACAAAGUAGAAGCGUAUGUAAAUUAG